CUUCUAGCAAGCUGGAUCUGGCAAUUCUGACUAACUACUUGCUUUCACAUUCGGAAAUCACUCCGGCGAACUCUUGCUUCAAACUGCUUACUUUCCGAAAUUUGCAGCAAAAAUGGAUUCCUCAACCCUGCUCUUCAACCAGCUCAAGACAGCAGAGCCAUUUUUCUUACUAGCAGGUCCCAAUGUGAUUGAAUCAGAGGAUCACAUUCUUUACAUGGCCAAGCACUUGAAGGAUACCACUUCUAAACUUGGAUUGAAGUUUGUGUUCAAGUCGAGCUUCGACAAGGCUAAUCGCACUUCCUCUAAAUCAUUUCGCGGUCCUGGCUUGGCCGAAGGCUUGAAGAUCCUUGAAAAGGUUAAAGCAACAUAUGAUGUACCUAUUGUUACUGAUGUUCAUGAAUCUAUUCAGUGUGAAGCAGUUGGCCGGGUUGCAGAUAUAAUUCAGAUUCCUGCUUUCUUAUGUCGGCAGACCGACCUACUUGUCGCAGCUGCCAAGACUGGAAAAAUUAUCAACAUUAAGAAGGGCCAGUUUUGUGCUCCUUCAGUGAUGGAAAAUUCUGCUGAAAAAGUGAGAUUGGCUGGAAAUCAAAAUGUCAUGGUGUGUGAGAGAGGAACAAUGUUUGGCUAUAAUGACUUGAUUGUGGAUCCCCGGAACUUCGAGUGGAUGAGGGAGGCCAAUUGCCCUGUUGUGGCUGAUAUAACUCAUUCAUUACAACAGCCUGCAGGCAAAAAGCUGGAAGGUGGUGGUGUUGCCAGUGGCGGUCUUCGCGAAUUAAUUCCUUGUAUUGCCAGGACAGCUGUUGCUGUGGGAGUAGAUGGAAUUUUUAUGGAGGUGCACAAUGAUCCCCUGAAUGCUCCAGUUGACGGUCCAACACAGUGGCCUCUGCGCCAUCUGGAGGAACUACUAGAAGAGCUUGUCACGAUUGGUAGAGUUAGCAAGGGGAAGCAGCAAUUCAAAAUUGAUCUCACUCCAUUUCGUGAUUAGGACACAGUUUUGGCUAUCAAUAACUCCAUGCAGACGAUGUCUCCUCCAUUUCAUAGCAGUGGGCUUCCUUGUUUACUGCCUCGAAGACAUUACAGAGUGUACUCAUUACUGUACUGAACAGCAUCCUGCCAGUUCGCUAAGUAGACUCACGUGUAUUAAAUUUUCAUUGUUUAUUGUAAGCUUGAUCUAUGAUUAAUUCUUUGGUGAAGUUGUGACACUUCAAGUGCACUUAGAAGACUAUCUAUCAUUUCUAGGAAUGUAAUUUAUCCAUAUGUACCUCCGAUAACCAUGGAACGAUAAGUUUGUAUAUUAGAACGGUUGCAAUAAAAAAGUUAUCUUUGGACUUCCAAAUGA